UAAUAAGCAUAUGAGCCAGAGGAGCCUUACGAAGCCGUAUAAAUCGCUCAGUCGAGAAAACCACGCCGGUGCGAGCAAAAGUUUCGUUCCGUACAAAGUUCUGCAAAAUCCCAAUUCUCAUCACCUUCUUCUUCAAACUCAAUUUCCAGAAACCCUUAACACCGUUGAAGAUUGCAUGGCCCGAGAAGCGCUUCAUCGACAUUAAGUUGUUGCUGGAAUUCUUAAUUUCCUACUUUUUUUCCGUCGCGUUUUUUUUUUUCCUCUCACUACACUCUCGGAAUCGGAGAUUUGUAGAGGAAACCACAAAGCUCGUCGAAGCGAUAGAUUCUGAUCAUCCUUCUCUUUUCCGGAAGUACGCUUCUUUCCCUCUUUUAGGUAUUUUUUGUUUUUUGGGGUGGGAUUGUCGAAUCGGUGAAUUGAGGGUUUCGGGUCUCGAGGUUACGGUUUAGGGUUGUUCAGGAGACUCUCAUCUAACUUUGGGGAGGGGUCUUAGGAACACAUUGGUUUGGCAUAUAUAGGAAGUAGGUUUGAUUUGAAAAGUUUUUUUCGCCGAAUUUUGUAGACGAUGAUGAAGAAAGAUGAAAAGAAUAGUACGGCGAGGAGAACCAUUUACACCAGAUCCGUAGCAGCGUCAACUCCUGCCUCAACUGAACAAGAAACCUCUGGUUUGAGGAGGUCGACCCGGGGAAUGCCAACUAAACAGCCAAUAACUCCACCUUCUGCUACUAGAAAGUCAGAGAGACUGGCUCCCUCACUUGCUUCAGUAUCGAAAAAGUCUGCCGGAAUGGAGAAGAAACUCACACCGAGUCCUCUGCGAAGGACUGAUAGGGGAAAGAAUGUAGUACCCGCCCCACAGAGUUCCAAAGGAUCAGAUAAUCCUAGCCGGAUCGCAGACACUUCACCGAAUAUUCAGCAGAGCAAGGAAAUAAAGGAAAAUAAUGUACAAGAGUCGACAAAUGAGAUCAAGAAACGGGAACCUACAAUGUCAGCCCGAAGUUUCAGGGCUUUGUUUAGAAGGCCUAAUAAUAAAUCCGAGGCACUAGUUGAUGCUUCUAAUGACGAGGAACUAGUAGUUGUUGGUUGUUCGCGCCGUGUACCUGCAAGCAAUGAUGAUGCUGAGAAUAUGGUGCUUGAUGCACCCGCCACGGUUGAAACUAGGGAUGGAAACGCUAUAGGUUCACCGUCAAAGAAUUCAGAAAAUCAGAAGCUUCUUAUCAGUAAAACUUGCUUAGUAUUGCCUUUAGAAAGCAAGAAAGACAGUACAGAAAUUGAGCUGGAUGCAUGUGCCAUUGCUUCAAAUGGAGAUGACCGCAUUUUGAGUUCUGAUGGGGUAAUUCCAUCUCAAUCUGGGUGCGAUGAUGCUGCUGCUCAAGACGGUAACACAGAUUGUCUACCACAAUCUGCUCAAGACGGCACUGAUUCUCCUUUGAUAUCAAGUAGGGACGCAGAAAAGGUGACGCUUGAUGCAUCCUCCAUGGUUGAAACUGAGGAUGGGAACGCCAUAGGUUCAUCAUCAAAGAAUUCAGAAACACAAAAGCUUCUUUUCAGUAAAACUAGCUUAGAAAUGGACAUAGGCCUCUCUUUGAAAAGGAAGAGAAGCACUGCAGAAAUUGAGCUGGAUGCAUGUGACAUUGUUGCAAAUGGAGAUGAUCGCGUUAUGAGUCCCGAUGUGGUAAUUCCAUCUCCAUCUGGGUGCAAAAAUGAUGAUCGACCUGAAAUGUGCAACACAUGUGGAAAACGGCAAAAGGUCAACAGUGAUUUUGAAAAUCUGAGUGGUUGCUCCUGCAUCACCCAGCCAGUUGACGAAUCUGAUCACGUCACACAGGAUAUGGAGGAAAAUGAACCAGCUGUGAGCAGAGACUAUGAGGAGAACAGGCAAAUGCAACACGGUAAAUCAAGUGAUCCCAAAUUGUAUUCAUCGAUGUACCCAGAGUAUUGGGUUCCGGUGCAGCUAUCAGAUGUACAGUUGGAGCAAUACUGUCGGACUCUCUUCUCCAAAUCUUUAUCUCUUUCUUCGCUGUCGAAAAUUGAUCUCGGAGCUCUCGAAGAAACUCUCAGUUCUGUAAGGAAAACCUGUGACCAUCCAUAUGUUAUGGAUGCAUCUUUGAAACAACUGCUCACCAAGAAUCUGGAGUUUCAUAAAAUCCUGGAUGUAGAAAUUCAAGCAAGCGGGAAACUUCACCUCCUUGAUGCAAUGCUUACUCAUAUAAAAACGAACAUUUUAAAAGCAGUUGUCUUCUACCAGGCAACACAAAGCCCUGAGGGGCUUCUGCUUGGUAAUAUUCUCGAAGAUUUUGUGGCUCAUAGAUUUGGUCAAAAAUGUUAUGAGCAUGGGAUUUAUUCCUCAAAGAAGAACGCCAUAAACAAUUUCAACAAGGAGAGUCAAUGCUGUAUUCUGCUGUUGGAAACACGUGCCUGCAGUCAAGCCAUUAAACUCUUGCGGGCUGAUGCAUUUAUUCUUUUCGGAAGCAGCUUGAAUCCAUUGCAUGAUGUUAAGCACUUAGAGAAGAUAAAAAUCGAGUCAUGUUCUGAAAGAACUAAGAUAUUCCGGUUGUACUCAGUAUGUACAGUUGAAGAAAAAGCCCUGAUUCUGGCUAGGCAAAAUAAGGGGCAAAAUAAGCGGCAACAUAAGGCUGUAGACCGUCCUCUCACGCAUGCACUGCUCAUGUGGGGGGCUUCAUAUUUAUUUGAUAAGCUGGAUCAUUUUCACGGCAGUGGAACCCCAGAUUCAAGAGCUUCAUUUGAACAAUCUAUUAUGAACGGUGUGGUUCGUGAAUUCUCGUCCAUACUUUCUUCCAAAGAUGGAGAAGAAAAUGGAGGAAAGUUGUGUCUACUUUGGGAAGCCAAGAAUGAUCAGGGAACUUACAGCAGUGAUUCUACUCUGUUUGGUGAAAAACAUAAUAAUUUGUCAGAUGAAGAUAGUCCUAAUAUAUUUUGGACAAAUCUGUUGGGGGGAAAGAAUCCUAUGUGGAAGUACGCGUCAGAUACUCCCCAAAGAAAUCGGAAAAGAGUUAAAUAUUUUGAGGGCUCUGCAGAGAGUCCCAAACUUGACGAUGGCGGAAAUACAAAGAAGCGAAAGAAGGCUUCUGGCGAUUUUACUGAUGUCCCAGUAGAUAAUGAUGAAAAAAAGGCCUCCGGGAAGGAUCUCAUGGGGGCUUUGGAGUCACCAAAAGUAGCACUCCAGCCAGCAUGUAAAUCUACAUCUGGUACUGAUGGUACAUUGGAUGAAAGUGAUGCUUUUGGCUUGUAUUCUGUGGGCGUUCAUAUCUCUGGAAUCCCAGAGGAUAUGUUAUUGGGUUAUGAUUGGAAAAAAACACCGGGUGAAUUACAGAGGAAGCUCCAUGCUGAUUUAAAGUCAGCAAUGGCAAAACUUUGCCAAGUUUUGCAUCUUUCAGAAGCAUGCACAAGAAUGGUUGAAAAAUUUCUUGAAUAUGUUAUUGAUAACCACCGAAUCUACGAAGAGCCAGCCACCACAUUGCAGGCAUUCCAGAUAGCCCUGAGUUGGAUUGCAGCUUUGUUGGUAAAGGAAAAGCUUAGUCACAAAGAAUCUUUGGUCCGUGCAAAAUCUGAAUUAGCUUUCUAUUGCUCAAGAGUAGAGGUAAAUUAUAUAUUUACGAUAUUGUCCUGCAUGAAGAGUCUGUUCUUGGAGCGCACACAAGGUUUGCAGUGUGAUUGCUUUGGUACUACUUCUAGCCAGUCAAUGGUUAGUACAAAACAAGUGAAUGAAAGUCUCUCAGGGGCUAGAGUGCGUCAGGGAAAGAACAAUAUAAAGUCGAUGCGUAGCUCAGAGGGUGAAGAAUGCACAACUGAGAAGAGAUGUAGUCAUUAUAGCACUGCAACAAAAGAUAUCAACGAGACUAUUAAAGACAUAAAAAAGAAAUGCAAGAGGCAACUGCAAAAGCUUGGACAAGAGCACAAGGAAAAAAAGGUGGAGCUGUUAAAUAUGCAUGCAGACAAGAAGGAAAAACUUGAAACUAGGAAAAAUUUGGAAGCAGCAGUAAUUCGUUUAUCUCGUUCACGGAAAAGCACCCAAGUGGAUGAUAUCAAGCGGCUGGAACAUGAUUUUGAAAGAAAGUUUGAUGAAAUCAAUAGUGAGAAAACUGAAUGCCUUCAAAGUCUGGAGCAAAUGCACGAGGCUGCAAAGAAGAAGUUGGCUGAGGAUGAAGCCUGUUGGAUUAGUCGGAUAAAGAACUGGGCACAAGCUGAAUUAAAAAUUUGUGUUCCCAUCAAAAGUGGCAACAAGCAUUUUAGUGAAAUAUGCUCAUCAAGCACUUCCAAAAAUGCUUGUGAUGUACAAACUUGCAAUGAUGCCAGCGUUGAAGCUACUUACACUGAUACGAAUUGUAUGGCUUCCAAGGUAAAUCAAGUACCGGAAGCAGAAAACACAUUAGGAACCAUGUCGGGUGGCACAAAUCAACAAGUUCCUGAAUUGGUGGUUUUAAGAAAUGACGAGGUGAUGGAUGUCUUAACCUUGUCUCGUGAGCAGCCUACAGAAAAUGUGGCUACAAAGAGCCAGUCCAGUGAGCACGCUUCUCUCACUGUGCCUGAGAUAUUGAUUCCUGCUGGCUGUCAAGAAGAAUUUGCGGCUUUGAACGUGCAUUUGUCAGAAUACCAGAAUUGUGACAGAAUAACAUCAGCGGCACCAGAUGAAGAUGUUGCGUCAAGGGUGCCAGAGGUAUCCCAGUCGCUAGCAAAUCUUGCAAAAUCUGCCUCCCCCGAGGUUUCCUUGAAUAGAGAGGAGGCUUUGGUUACUACAGAAAAUAAUAGAACAGAUCAUGUGGAUACUGAUGCUGAUAACAUUUUGGACCAGCAGAAUAGGGAAACUUACUCUCUUGACAAGGAGAUUCGUGACGAGGUUGCGUUGCCUAAGCCACACCCUGCGGCUGUGGUAGAGACUAGGGGUGCUACUGAAUCUGAUCAGGAUGAUCCUAUGCCUUCUUCACCAGCUGGAAAGCAAUCUGAACCAACAGCAAACACUCAGGGCCAAAAUAUUGAAGAAGUAAUUGAGCCCCAGUCUGUUGAGCCAGAAACUGUAGAGGCUACUGAUUAUGCUGCAUCCAAUCAGGGUGAUCGAGUUACAUGUCCUUUGCCAUCUUCACCAGCUGGAAAUCAGCCUGUGCCAGAAGCAAACAUUGAGGGUCAAAAUAUCAACACAUUAUCAGCUGAGCCCCACAUAGCUGGUCCAAAUGCAGUAGAGAGUGGUGAUUAUGCAGUAUCAGAUCAGGACACAAUGGUUGCUCAGGAUGCAUGUUCUCUGCCAUCUACAUUGGUUGGAACUCAGUCUGACCUAGGAGCAAACAUUGAGGGCCAAAAUAUCACAACAGUGGCUCAACUUCCCACAGAUGGAUUAGAUGCAGUAGAAACUGGUGGAACUCCUGUAUCAGAUCAGGGUGCUCGGGAUGCAUCUCCUCGGCCAUUAUCUUUGCCUGGAAUUCACCCUGACGCAGAAGUUAACGUUGAAGGCCUAAAUAACACAACAGUGGCAGAAUCUCACACAACUGGGUCAAAUGCAUGUGAAAUGGAAAUAGCAGAAGCUGGUCCCCAAGUAGAACGGUCAACCCUUACAAGUGGUGUGGAGCCUUUAGCAGGUGUAACAGCUCCUGUUCCAUCACUUCUUAGCAAUGUUAUGGGACAGAGUGCCGCUCAACCUGUUCCUCAAGUACCAUUCCCUGUGUUCAACGACCCAUUUCUGCAUGAGUUGGAGAGGCUGCAGAGAGAAUCAGAGAACUCAAGGAAGAUUUACGAAGAAAAGAAAUCAGUCUUAAAAUCUGAACUCGAGAGGAAGAUGGCUGAAUUACGAGCAGAGUUUCAACGAAGAUUCCAGGAGGUAGAAGCUGAGCAUAACACCAAAACGACGGAGAUAGAGACAAAUAAAAAUCAUAUUAUAAUGAACAAACUGUUGGCGAAUGCGUUCUUGUCCAAAUGUACCGAGAAGAAGACAUCUCCCUCAGCAGCUCCAAGGGGUAGAAUUCAGCAGCUAGCACAGAGAGUGAGCACACAGAGAAAUUACACUGCUCCUGCUCUGUCUCCGGCUCCUGCUGCUGGACCUCUGCAGCUUCAGGCAUCAUCGUAUCCUGCUCCUGCUCCGGCUCAGACUCAGGCAUCUUUGUGUCCGUCUUCAGUUUCUCGUCCAUCAGGGCGUCCUCUGAGUUCCGCGGUCUGCACAAUGCCUCAGCCAAGACAGCCUCUGAUAUCCAACACAACUCCAACUCUGUCAGCUUCUCCUGCAACUAAUCAAGUUGCCAAUGCAAGUCUACGCUCUUCUGCACCACACCUCAACUCAUAUAGGCCAUCCUCUUCAAGUCCUGGCUCCACAACUACUCCAACCUCAGCGCCGCCUCCUCAAGCUUUAACACAUUCAGGUUUGUUAAUUCAGCAGCAACAGCAAGAGCAACAACCACAACAGGGAAUGAGCCGUGGAUUGCAGGGCAACGAAAAUGUGGUUUGUCUUUCGGAUGAUGAGUGAUGUAAAUGGAGAGAUGUUUAGGGUCUAGUUGUUGAUUUAGAGAGAAGUUAAAAAAAAAUGUCUGUAUAUAUAAUAAUUAGGUUACCUUAUGAUAAAUAUCGAAGUAUUGUUUUGGAUGCGACUUUUGUAGAUGCAAUUACUGUAAUCAAAUUGAGUGAGUCACUAACCGACUCGGGUUCGGUACA